CUCAAACUCAGAUCAGCAGCUGUAGGAGUCGUUUGAACUCAACACCCUCAACAUUAAACACAGCAGAAGUGAAAAGAGUCGCCACGUAAAGGAAGUGAAGAAGAAGGAGAAGCUUUUUCUUAUUCCUGAUUUGGAAAAUUCUGAAGUUUUUAUUUCUACAAUAAUAACAAUAAAAGAGAGAGAGAGAGAGAGAGAGAGAGAGAGACUCAUCUAUCCAGCAAAAUACACUGGGAUCGACAACGACUCCACUAUUCCAGAAUACACUGGGAUCGACAACGACUCCACUAUUCCACCAAGUUUUUCACCUUCUAGCUUUGGCUUCAAGCUCCAAGCUUCUAGCUUCUACUUCUGAUUCUACUUCUGAUUCUGGUUCUACUUCUACCUUUUCUUCUGGGAAAACCCACUACUACCACAAUUCUACUAUAACGUCAGUUCCACUGAAAACCAAUAAAAUACAAGACGAGUGGAAUCCUGUGUCCGAGUCCUUCCCUUUCAAGUGUGGGAAACCCUGAUGCUCACAUACACUUGACAAUGAAAAACCGCUGCACCAGUGCAUCAAACCGAAACCAGUGACCAAGAAGCAAGACUCCACUCAUGCCACAACCCAACAGAGAGGGAAGACACUUCACCUGGGGGCCUGGAGGAUAAAGCUUGAAGUCAUCUGGAAAAAAGAAAGGAAAUGGCGAAGUCAUUAGAAGAACUGAAAACAGAGCGAUCCACAGCCAAAAGACUUUUCUCCUGUCUUGCUAACUGCAUUGCAAGAACACACUCAGAGAUGACUGUGGAGGAGCUAAAGCAAAACUUCAACAAGCUUACAGCAGAAAGCUCGAGACUCAUGGAGGCGAACGAAGAGAUUGAGGCCGCCUACAUGGCAGAAACAGCCGCUGUAGAGGACCUGGGCGCUGAGAAGAAAGCCGACCUGGAGAAGAUAGAGGCAUACUGUAAGCAGAGGACUAAAGAAGCAAAGCUCCUAAUUCAACAAACACUCUGGGAAUCGUAUGGGGAGAAAGAGCUGCCCCUUGCUCUAUACAUCACUGAAGCUGACUGCAAGAGCGUCUCCUCGGCCCAGCUCGACGUGACUCUGGAGGCAUAUGAGUUCAUGCUGAAGCACUUUGAGAUGGUGGUGCUGAAGGCAAAAGAAGUGCACCGUGACUGGAACCGCUGGGCUCCCGCUGCAGAGCAAAGAGACUUUGAUCACCGCAUGACAGAGCUCGAAGUGCAACUUCCCCAGCUGGUGUCGCGCAAGGCCGCCUUCAUCAAAGCUGCAAAAAUCAAGACAGACUCUGAAGAGCCCACUGUCCACCGUACAGCUCCAGUGCCAGCAAUAAAGCUGAAAGCCACAGCCCUUCCAAAGUUUGCUGGCAACCAGCGAAGUUACUACAGGUGGAAGAAGGAGUGGGAAGCUCUACCGAAGCAGGGUGAACCGACAGGGUCUAGAGAGGUCAAGAAAUUCCAGCUGCUCGACAGCAUCGAUGAGAAGGUGGCCGGAAACCUACACCUGUCGACCUACAGCUCCUCAAACGAAAUCUUCAGAGUCCUGGAUAACCGGUUUGGGAACCAAGCUAACAUUGCUCUUGAGAUCAUUGAAGAUCUACAAGCAACUCCUGCAGUCAAAGCCGGCCAGCCAAGAAGAGUCAUCGAGCUCAUCCAAACAGUGGAAAAAGCUCUCUACGACUUAAAUGAACUGGACAAUGCCGAGGCCAUAAAGAACCCCAUUGUGACCAAAUCCAUUGAGGGCAAGCUUCCAGAAACUUUAAAGAAAGACUGGCUCACCUAUGCUGCUGACGUGAGUAAUGCUGUGGACCGUUACAACCGCUUUGACAAGCUGCUGGCUUACCUAAAGUCACAGGAAGCCAUGUAUGAGAAACUUGACCAACUGAAAGAUGGCGUUGAACCUGCCAAGGACAAGACCAAGUUCCUGAAGCAAGCCAGAACAAAAGCAACCAACAGUCCGGCAGUGUCAUCCAACAGUGACGCAGCAGGCUGCAUCAUCUGUGGUGACCCAAAGCACAGAAGAAAACUGUACUUCUGCAGAAAGUUUAGAACCGACCUAAAGCCAUCGGAGAAGAGGGAUGCAGCACAACAACUCGGUGCCUGCAAAAGAUGCCUCGAAGUCCACACUGGUGAAAGCUGCAAGAAAACCACUUACCUGUGCGGGAAUCCAGAAUGCAAAGAUCAACACCACUUCCUCCUCUGUCCAGUUACCAGACCCCAGUCCCAAAGAACACCCAAGUUCAGUCCAGUGAGGGCUGAGGGCAGAAGACUCACUGACACCCAGGAGCAGUUCCUCUCCAAACUCACACCAGAGCUGGCACAACAGUGUCGAGAUGCCUUCUGCAACAUAGCAUCCAGGGCAUUCAACUCCAGUGCUGCUGAGAGAGGUCUUCUAGAUGAACACUGCCUCACUGAGUACCCAGUCAUCCUAAUGCUCCUCAAUGUCACUGCCAAUGACGGACAGAGUGUCGGGACCCUCAUCGACCUGGCAGCAGACACAAACUACAUAACGCACAAAGCUGCGAGCAAGUUGAACCUGAGAAGUGAAGACGUUACGCUGGAGGUUCAUGGCAUUGGAGGGAUGAAGGUGUCUGUUGCAACCAAGCGCUAUUUGCUGAAGAUACGAGUCAGCACCCCAAGAGGGACACUCAAAGUACACCAACUCAUCUGCUAUGGACUUGACAAAAUAGCGGAAGUCCACAGACAUGUUCCGGUGAAAAAACUGCAGAAAAUCUUCUCAGACAUCUCCUUGGAAGAUCUGGCAAGACCAAAGGAGAUCCAACUCCUCAUCAGCCACAAAGAAGGGCAGCUGGUACCCCAGAAGGUUCGUUCCGUCGGUGACCUGGUGCUCUGGGAUGGCCCGCUUGGCAAAACCAUUGGCGGCACACACCCGGACCUCUUUGAAGAAGUCACCUUAAUGGCCCACACCUCCAAGACUCACUUUGCAAGAUCCAUGCGCACUGCAGCUGUCAGAUACACCGAACUCACCUGCAAAGUCCCAGUUUCUCGCCAGUCUCCCAGACAUCCCAGCUCCCAGUCCAACACAGCCACUAGCAACAGAGACUUCCUGAAGUGGGGGAAAUGGGAAAGCAUUGGAGCAGCUUGCGAACAGAGAUGUGGAGGAUGUUGCUGCGGGAACUGUCAGCCUGGUGGGAAAGAAAUGACACUGGCCGAAGAAAGGGAGAUGGAGAUGGUGAGGGACGGCUUGACUUAUGUGGCUGGAGACCACCACAGCCCUGAACCACACUGGCACGCCAAGUACCCAUGGAAAGAAGACCCAGCAUCUCUUCCCAACAACAAGAAAGCAGUUGAAGCCACAUUCCGCAGAACUGAGAGGCAGCUGGCGAAGGAACCGGAGUGGAAAGUGGCCUACGCCUCACAAGUCCACAAAAUGGUGAGCCGCAGAGCUGCAGUGAAGCUGUCCAAAGAGGUUCUGCAAAGCUGGACUGGGCCAGUGUGGUAUAUAAGUCACCUGAUAGCCCCAAAUCCACAUUCAGUCUCCACCCCAGUGAGACUAGUAUGGAACAGCAGCCAGAAGUACAGUGGCCUCAGCCUAAACGACAUCCUGAUCAAAGGCCCUGACGUUCUGAACCCGAUCAGAGGUGUCCUGCUGAGGUUCCGCACUGGUGUCUUCACAGCUUUAGGGGACAUCCGCAAAAUGUACAACUCUGUCUGGCUUGAAGAAAGAGAAGUCCACCUGCACAGAUUUCUGUGGCGUGACACAGAAGAUGCAGAGAUCGAAGAAUUCGCCAUAACAAGAGUCAACAUUGGAGACAAACCUGCUGGUUGCAUAGCCCAAGUUGCCAUGCGAGAGACCGCCAGCCUGCCUUCAUUCAACCACUUCAAAGAGGAGAGACAUGUCCUCGAAGAGGAUGCCUAUGUUGAUGACAUAUUGACUUCCCACAACAACCUCGACCACCUGAAACGCCUUACAUCCAACAUUGAGCAGAUCCUUCAAGCAGGAGGGUUCUUCAUGAAGCCCUGGAUCUACUCGGAUCAAAGUGGGAGGAGCGAGUCGAGAGGUGAGAAGAUCGAGUCAAACACCAUGAUCCUGCCAAACCAACCCACCAAAGAGGAUAACAAAGCCCUGGGCCUCGGCUACACUGUCGACGAUGGCAAGUUACAUGUCAUGGUUGCAGUGAACUUCUCCAAGAAGAGGAAGAAAAUGCACCUCGGCCAGGACUUGUUGAAAGAACAAGUGAGAGAACAAACACCUGACCCACUAACCAGAAGAGAGCUGUUAAGCCAAGUCUCUGGUCUCUAUGACCCUCUCGGCCUUGUGGCCCCAGCAAAACAGAAGGGAGCCAUCCUGAUCCGCAGGGCCUUCCAAGAGGCAAAAGUCAUGUACUGCGUAGAAGACACCUGGGAUGCUGCCUUGUCCAGAGAGCUCAGAGAUGAUGCCAUGAAGCUCCUCGAAGAGUACGCUGAGCUGAGCCAAGUUAGAUUUCCCAGAGCUCUCACACCGCCAGAUCCAGCUGAAAGACCAUGUGCAAUCACCUUCUCUGAUGGCAGUGAGUGUGCAUAUGGUGCCGUGCUGUACCUGCGUUGGAGCUGCAGCCAUGGUGUCGUAGUAAGGCUAGUUAAGGCCAAGGCUAAGCUGACCCCCCUUGACCAUAAAGGUGACCCUGUGAAAGCAGAAAUGUGCGGAGCAGUCUUUGCAGCACGGCUGAAGAAUUACUUCCAAAAGCACUGCUGACUCGAGGUC